GGAGCCCCAUUUCGGAAGCCAACUGCCCCCGGGGUCUUCCCAGGGCACUGGGGAGGGCCGAGGCCGAGGCCGACCAUGCCCAGUCUGCUGCUGCUCUCCGCCGCGCUGCUGUCCAGCUGGGCUCAGCUUCCCGCCGAAGCCAGCUCCUGGUGGUCAUUAGCUAUGAACCCGGUGCAGAGACCCGAGGUGUUUAUCAUCGGCGCCCAGCCCGUGUGCAGCCAGCUUCCCGGGCUCUCCCCCGGCCAGAGGAAGCUCUGCCAACUGUACCAAGAGCACAUGGCCUACAUAGGGGAGGGGGCCAAGAUGGGCAUCAAGGAGUGCCAGUACCAGUUCCGGCAGAGGAGGUGGAACUGCAGCAUCGUGGACAACACGUCCGUCUUUGGGCGAGUCAUGCAGAUAGGGAGCCGGGAGACGGCCUUCACCUACGCGGUGAGCGCGGCAGGCGUGGUGAACGCCAUCAGCCGGGCUUGCCGCGAGGGUGAGCUCUCCACAUGCGGCUGCAGCCGGACAGCGCGGCCCAAGGACCUUCCCCGGGACUGGCUGUGGGGUGGCUGCGGGGACAAUGUGGAGUAUGGCUACCGCUUUGCUAAGGAGUUCGUGGAUGCCCGCGAGCGGGAGAAGAACUUCGCCAAGGGAUCGGAGGAGCAGGGCCGAGUGCUCAUGAACCUGCAGAACAACGAGGCAGGUCGGAGGGCUGUGUAUAAGAUGGCAGACGUGGCCUGCAAAUGCCACGGCGUCUCGGGGUCCUGCAGCCUCAAGACGUGCUGGCUGCAGCUGGCCGAGUUCCGCAAGGUCGGGGACCAGCUGAAGGAGAAGUACGACAGCGCGGCCGCCAUGCGCAUCACCCGCAAAGGCAAGCUGGAGCUGGUCAACAGCCGCUUCAACCAGCCCACCCCGGAGGACCUGGUCUACGUGGACCCCAGCCCUGACUACUGCCUGCGUAACGAGACCACGGGUUCCCUGGGCACUCAGGGCCGCCUCUGCAACAAGACCUCGGAGGGCAUGGACGGCUGCGAGCUCAUGUGCUGUGGCCGCGGCUACGACCAGUUCAAGAGUGUCCAGGUGGAGCGCUGUCACUGCAAGUUCCACUGGUGCUGCUUCGUCAAGUGCAGGAAAUGCACCGAGAUCGUCGACCAGUACGUGUGCAAAUAGCCAGCGAGGGCCCGCUCCUCUGGCCUCGCCUCUGCUCUGCCUCACAAAGUUUAUAUUAUAGAAAUCUAUAUAAAUCUAUUUUAUAUUUGUAUAAAUAAAUGGAUGGAUGAUAAAUAAUUAAAAGAAGAAAAUGGAAAGGAAAAGCUUAUUUAAGAGACACUGGAGACCUUUGAGGAUUGAACUGGGCUGGUUCUCUAUUCUGGGUGGGUGGAGAAAGAGGCUUCUCCCCCUCCCUCUGGUGGGGACUCGCAGUGGGUAGGGGAUAUUCACUGUCAGGCCACCACAGCCUUGAGGAGACUCAUGGUGGUUAUAUGGAGAAGAUGCUUUUGUCUGGAAGACUGGAGCCUUCACUGGGUGGACGGCCGCUCUGUGACCCCCGUCAUUAGUCAGGAGUCCCUGUCCAAGGUGGCAGAACUCAGCUCAAACCAUCACAUCCUCACAGUCUUGUCCAAAAAACCGAUCGUUUCUGUAAGAGGCCCGGUGCUUGCUUACCCUUUCAUUUAUGUGCACCCUUGCAAAAUCCACAGUUACAGGAACAAGGACAGGUCCCAUGUCAUCUCUGACCGGUGACCACAAAGUAGACCCACACCUCCUCAGACUCCCGGGCCUGUCUUUCCAGUGAGAAUUAUUCUCCCUCCACAGUUCAUUAGCUCCUCCACCCAUUCCCUGUGCCAAGGGGAAAGGGGGUCCCUUGGCCUGACUUGUUAGGAGAGAUGUGAACGGAGUAUUUGUGUCUGAGCUGCAGAGAGCCAGGAGUGUAACUGGACCAAGUGAACAUUGCACUGUGCUCCCACAGGGAGGGGCAGCUGGGGUGCUGCUGUCACUUCCUCCAUCACGGAGGCCCCCACCAAUGACAAGACGUGCAGCCAGGUCAGGCUCAGCUGGCCUGGCACCGUCUUUUCAUCUCUGCCCCAGAUGUACAGUUUCUCUCUGAUAUUAAAUACCCUUCACUGGA